AUGCCUUCGAGUCCUAUCAGAGCUGUUGCCAACUUCCUGCAGAAAUUAGCAAACACAGAUAACAUGGCUUCAGAGGCACCAGAUGAUCAACUCAACAGGGCAUCAUUAUCAGACAUAGCAUCCACAUCACCUGCAACAUCAGAAACUCGACUCGAUCAUGCCAUCAUUUCUCCAAUCAAACAAAAGCAAGGAGGUGCUCUCGACAUUCAGCCUAGAACACACAAUGAAAGGGUUGUGAAUCACAAGAAAGAGCAAAAAAGAAUAGCAGAUGAUAAGAAAACGAGAAGGGAGGAAAGGGAACGAAGGUCCGAGGCUCUGGCCACAUGGAAAAGACUUGAAGAUGCGAGAAAACGGGAGAACAACGAGCAAUGCACUCGAUACCGCGAAGCAGUGGAGAUCUGGAAUGAGGAGAAGUCAAAGGCCAAGCUUUCAAAGCAGAAAUUCACCUCGAAGAAACCAGUUUUAGGAAAGCUACAGCCUCCUGUUCCAAGGCCAAGGUUCAAUACCUGUGAGGUGGAUGAUAAUGAGAGUGCAGAAGAUGUUAUGGCGCCAGAUGAGGACAGCUCAGAGGACAGUGAUGACGAACGAUAA